AUGCAAAGCCCAGGCCCAUCCAUGGAGGAAUCGGAAGACCACACGCCUUCUCUAGAUGCAAGCGAGGAGGAGAUCGACCAUCUUGGGGAGCUCGACGCCGACGCCGACGCCGACGCGGUGCUGGAAAGUCGUCGGCGCGUGGCGACGAUAUACGACGCCGUGGCAGGCAGAGUACUGGCCCGAAAACUUCGCCGAGCAGAGGAGGAGAAGGACGAUCUGAAGGGGCCAACAGCCCAAGGCCAGCAGGGCCAAGCCCGGCUGAUCAAACAUUACACUCGGCCCACACCUCUUGGACCGGACGAGGCUCUCUUUCGGCGCAAGGACGCACCCGAGCGCUACGCGCAACAUGACGUCUACAACGCGCACGAUCGCGACUUCGCCCACGGCGGCCGCGGCGUCUUGCCCGAGAGCGACCUGCUCAAGGCGGUGCACGGGUACGCCAGCAGCUUCUACGGCGCGCUGGAUCGCAGGCGCAGCCGGCUCGCGGUGCCGGAUGGACAGCCUCGCAGCGCCAAUCACCGCAGCAUGGACGAGACUGCCCUCCUCGCCUUUGGCAUCCUCCUCGAAGAGGCCGGGAGGGAGGUGCUAGGCCGUCGGGGCGCCAUGGUCUUCGCCGAGGCAGCCGACGACGGCGGCGGCGACGACGAGAAUUUGGCGCACGCGGCAGGAACCUCCCCCAGCGGAAAUGAGUUGGCGACCGAUUCGGACUCGGCCGCAUCGUGCUCGAGCUCCAGGAGGGGCCGCAAGAGGAGGCGGGUGACGCAGGCGGAAGAAUGA